UAGGUUUUUAACGAUGUUCAUCGAUAAUGUGGUAUUCAAUCUUACACAAUCUUCAAAUAAUUUUAGAUACACUGAAUCAAUUAAAAAAUUUGCCAUAUGCUUAUAUAUUUUCGGUGGUAAACAAUGCUAUGAGUUCGUUCGUUUAAAUAUGCCUGGUAGUAUACUGCAUUUGUCAACACUUGGUGAUUUAAUUAAUAAAUCGAAUAUGACUUUAACUGAAGCAGAAUUAAAAUUUGACUCACUUCAAAAGUUUCAAUCAGGUUUUGGAUUUUGUUCUGAAGGUACUACUAGUGUCAUUCCUAAAGUUGAAUACGAUUCGUCGACAAACUCAUUCAUUGGAUUUACAACACCAAUUGUUGAUGGUAUUUCAUUGACGAAACAUUAUCAAGCUGAUACAUUUGAUGAUUUUAAAAUCAUUUAUAGUACCAAUGAAACAGCAUCAUUAUUGAAUGUGCAUAUGUUCCAAAGUAUAUCAACAGAAGAUGAUCCAACAAAUUUUCUGAAACAAGUUUUACUCUCUGUUUAUGGUGUUGACAACAAAUUUACAGCUAUGGAUAUUUUACAACGAUGGAUGUAUAUUUUUGAACGUUGUUUAGAUAAAAAUGUUCGGAUUAUCGGAUUUUCUACAGGUAAAUUUUAUUUAUACAAUGUUCCUCUCAAAUGUAUCUUAAUUGUAAAUAGAUGCAGAUAACAAAUACAUAAGUGCCAUGCAUCUUGCCAGUAAUUUCUUCGCGUCGUUACCCAAUUUCAAAUUAGACAAGCAUCAACAUGCAUUUAAAAUAGAUAUACCGAAUGACUGAACUUGGUUUUUUCUUAGUAGAAAUCAACUCUUUUUGUUUUUUCAAGAUCCGGUACAUAUCGUUACCAAAUAGCGUAAUCGAUUGUUAUCAUCAACAGCGGAUUUAUAUAUUGGGAACGAUAAAAUUAGUAUGGCACAUAGAGAACAACUAAUCGAUAACAAUAGUUAUACAAAAUUAGAUCAUGGUUUGACGAAAAGUGAUAUUAAUCCUAAAGAUCGCACAAAAUAAUAAUUCAUGUAUUAAGUUAAUAUCAGACGAUGUAAUAAAUCUUCUU